AUGGUGAAUCCGCUCGCCGAGGGGGAUCCGGCGUUUGCGCCUCCGCGCGCCUGCCUGGGGGUGUUCCAGGAGAUGGUAACACACGAGUGUCACUUCAUUAACGGCACGGAGAAGGUGAAGUACGUGCAGAGGCAAAUCUACAACCGAGUGCAGUACUUCGUGUUCGACAGCGACGUGGGGCACUUUGUGGGGUUCACCCCCGCUGGGGAGACGAAAGCAGAGCGCUCCAACAAUGACUCGGCUGCGCUGGACUUUUAUCGGGGUGAGGUGGACAGGCUCUGCCGGCACAACUACGAGGUGUUCUGCCCAUUCAGCGUGAGGUGCCAAGUGGCCCCCAGUGUGUCCAUCUCGCUGGUGCCCCCCUCGAGCUCCCAGCCCGGCCCCAGCCGCCUGCUCUGCUCCGUGAUGGAUUUCUACCCUGCUGUCAUCCAGGUCAGGUGGUUCCAGGGCCAGCAGGAGCUCUCGGAGCACGUGGUGGCCACCGACGUGGUCCCCAACGGGGACUGGACCUACCAGCUGCUGGUGCUGCUGGAAACGCCGCCCCGGCGCGGGCUCAGCUACAGCUGCCAGGUGGAGCACGUCAGCCUGGAGCAGCCUCUGAGGCGGCACUGGGAGAUGCCGCCGGACGCUGCCCGCAGCAAGAUGCUGACGGGCAUCGGGGGCUUCGUCUUAGGCUUCGUCUUCCUGGCGCUGGGGCUCGGCUUCUCCCUGCGC